UACUACUGGGCGUGACGGGAAGAGUCAAGUGGCUGGCAAAGUAUACGGCGUCAUGGAUAAAAUUGUAUAACGAGUAUGGACCGGAUUUCUUGGAUAAGCGCAAGAGAGUCUACACAAUCUCUUCGCCACGAUGUAGAGCAUCGUACAUUGGUCAAACAAGUAGGGACGUGAAUGUGAGGUGGAAGGAGCAUAUAGUAGCAAGUACACGGGAUGGGAAGAACACUCACUUGUAUCAUUGGUGGCGAGUGUUCGGAUCCGAAUCCUAUGUCAUGCUACCUGUUGACGAAGAGGCAGCACACAAUUUGUUAGAACUUGAACAGUUGUAUAUACGGAAAUGGUCACCUACGCUCAACGUGAGCGGUGUUACCAGGAAAUCACGAUGGACAAGGAAACCACGGAAAGGGAAAGUUGAACGGGAAAGAGCGUGGAGUAAAAAGCAACGAACCGAGGGAGAAGGUAAAGUGGUCGAAGUUAUCAGAUUUCGGCUGACUGAGGAAGACGAAUGGAGGAUCGAUGCUCUCAAGGUGCUUGAUGACGCGGAACAGAGGAAGAUGAGGACACUUCAGCUACACUCAAUGGGAGGCAACAGUUGGAUCAAAGGGUGGAAGAAAGUGAGGACGACAUAUGACGCAUCUACCGUGGAGAUUGGAGGACAAGUAACAAAGCUAGCCAAGUGCAAAGUCGGUAUUGAGAAAGGAAGUACCAUCAACAUCAAAUACCUCAGGAAGUGGAGACCGAAGAGCGGACCGGAUAAGAAGACACUCAUAAAGCUACUGCGGAACCCGAGAAGAGUACAGGACCUAGGAGCAGUCGAUACCGAUGCAUUGUUCCGACUGUACAAAGCGGCAAAAGACUUUCAGCAGAAGUCGACUCGUUCUUACCUGAGGCGGAUUAUAUCUCAGGUGAUCAAGGAGAAGACAGGAUGGUGUAUGGGAGCAGACCUGACAGUGAAGGUUAGAUACAACGAUCGAGUGAAGUUAUCAGAGGUCAGGAAAGUGGUCAACGAUAAGAUCGAGGGUCUCGGRUUACCGGAGUGCAUGGCAAAACGUACAAGAAGUAAAGUGCGGACGGUCUGGUCGAAGAACCAGUUCGUUGCGGAUAUUCUUCACAACCGACAGGUCUAUGCCCGAGCAGUUAUGUCCACCUGCACAUGUGCMGGUCUCCCCUAUCAAAGGAUAGGGGAACAUGUACGUUUUCGCUUGCAUGAGGUACCAGGUGUUCACCCCAUGUUAAGCAACGCAAACAAUGUACCGAAAGCACAACAUCCGAGUCGAACGAAACUGCCCUGCGAGGAGAUCGAGGAAGCAUUCGGACAAUGGAGGAACAGAGGGGACACGAUCAUGCAUAUUACGGAGAAAGAAGUCAGGACAUGCAUGACGGGGAACGAGGAGCGUGGGAGCGAUUUUCUGGAUGUCGAAGUUGUUAAGGCGACAAAGAAGAGGUUCGAAGGUCUCGUGUUGACGCCUCUAGACAGGAACCAAGGGGAGACAUUUGUCAUGUGCCCCUACCUCUACUACGAGGCCAUGAUGGAGAAGUUUGUGAUGAAUCCAGGGUAUGAGUUCGUACAAGUAGAGGAAGAUGAAGUCAAGCAUGCAGUGCAAGCAGCCUUCAAGGAGGAAGGUCUGACCAAGUUCGCGAGAUAUGGCAAACGGGGGAGUUUCGGCGCGGCUUACAUACAACUGAAGCAUAAAGACGUCGAGAGAUACCGUCCAAUAUGCCCGUCGUACUCAGAUCCGACUACAAGAACUGGGAAAUGUGUUGCGAAAGCCUUGAACCACCUGCUGUUCAAGCUUCCAGCCAGAUGGCAUUUUAACCUGAGAUCCAUCUCAGACGUCGUACAGAGCAUUGGAAAGUUUAAUAGGAGAUGUGAAGCCAAGAUGAACUCAGUGGUGGAGUUAGCAGUCAUGUCCUAUGAUAUUAAGGACAUGUUCAGCAAACUGCCACACCGAGACAUCUUGGAAGCGGUCAAUUGGAUCAUUGACCACUACAUGAGCAAGGGACAGAGCAUUAUUCGAGUCAACACGCGAGGUCGAGGUUGUUCCUUUGGGAAGACGACAGGCGGAGACCAUUAGCGGGAGAUGAAACUUGAGGAUAUCAAGAACUUUGUGCAAGUUGAUUUGGAACACACGUACUUUCAUGCAACACGAGUACUCCUACGGCAGAGAGGAGGCAUCCCGAUGGGCAAGAGGACUAGCCCACCGUUAGCGUGCAUACUCUGCGCGUACUCGGAAUUUAAGUUCCUUAGCAACCUCAGAGGGUUGAGGAACAGAGUGCAUGGGAUGCGGCUGAUGGUUGAC